AGUUUCCUCGGAAUUUUGUUUCCUCGGAAUUCCGUCGGAAAUUUCCGACGGAAUUCCUUGGAAGUAUGAAUUUCCGAGGAGAUAUUUCCGAGGACUUUUUUCGUCGGUAUGUCGUCGGAAUAGCGUUAUUCCGACGACAUACCGACGAUUUUUUCCCUCAGUAUCCCGAUGUUUUCUUGUAGUGGGUUGGACGCGGUGGGAUAGUCGGACUAAGCGAAAGGUCCGGAUACCUGGAUUAUAAAAUAAAAAAAAUUUAUAAUUGUUUCCAGAUUCUUUUUCAUUUAGUGGAUAUUUCUUUAGUCUCCUUUAUAUAUUUUCUUUGUGAAUAUUCUCCACUAAGAAACUAAAACGGAAAUUUUUGUGUAAGCCCAUAUACGGGAAACUUAAAGAUUCUCCAGCUUAGCAUGCGAGUUGCCAAAGACUCCCGUACAAUUAUCAUGCGAACCACUAUUUUCAGUUAAUUUUAAUAUUAUUACACAAAUAUGUAAUGUGUUUAGUACUGAUGUUACAGUUUUUGGUAAUUAAGAAAUCGCAGAUAUUACGAGCUUUAGUUAAGUACUAACGUCAACUACUCUACUCUCCAUCUCCCUUUAUAAAAACUACUCUCUAUCUCUGUUGUAAUAAAUCCUCCACUUUGUUUCCAAUAGAUAUCUGGAACGUUCUUUGUCAAAAAAAGUAUCCGGAACGUUAAAUGGAACGUUUUCGCCAAAAAGAAAAUGUUUAAUGGAACGCUGUAAUCGUACCGGCAAAUUUGCAUGCAUGCACAUGCGUCACAUAAAGGCAAAGAGUGUGACGUACACGCGAAUGUAUGUAUAUAUGUGCUUAAAUUAAAUUCUAGUAGACUUUCAUGUUUAUAUCAAAAAAUGUAUUGCAUGUUUUUAAGAAAAAAAUCAUCAGCCUCUUACUUUUUGUUUUGUUUUGUAUAUAUAUACAUAUUACAAAACGAUAUUCGUUGGCAACUAUUUAUAAAAUAACAUUUUCGCUUGAAUAUUAUAUACAAUAACAUAGAAGCGAAUAAUUCAGACAGAAACCAUAUGACAAAGAGAUCUCCGUAAUCUUUCUUGGAAUCCAUUGUACUAAAAUCUAAUAAAGUUUAUAACUCCUUCAACUUGGGUUUCUCCACACUAUUAUAAAAUACUUUUUUAUGCUACCUUUGUGUUUGGUUAGGUGUGAUUGCAUACCUGAGUUUUCCCCCAAAAAAAACUUGAUCCACCUGACAAGUGACAACUAAUUUUAGAUGAAAGGUUAAGGUGGUAAAAAUAAUUAUAGACAUACGGCUUGAUUGUCAUUUUUCAUUUUUUCCUGCUUUAAAAACAUUUUUAUAUAUAUUGUUCAAAAUUCUAAUAUAUUUGCUUACAAAACCCCUCAAUAGUUGAAAAUGAAUAUACUUCUUACUUAAAAGGUUUCGGAGAAACGUAUGAUUAACUUAGUUAAAGAUGAAUGUAAUCAUCAGCUAAUGUACUCAAUGAGUUUUCGUAUAAAUUUAAAACAAAUAACUAUUUUGAUUGACCAAGUAGAACGAAAAUAUUUACAGUAUAAAAAAAAUUAAAAACUAUUACCAUUAUCAUCAUUUAAUAAAAUAAAAUAAUAUUAAUGUAUAGUUCUAAAUAUUGUGAAUUGUAGACUAAAUCUUUCUGCUUAUAACUUUAAAAUUUACUAGUUGGAUGUUCGUGUCCGGUAAGAAGUAUAACAGAAACUAGAGUAUUGUCUUUAAUUAACACAUAGCAUUGUAAGAUUUAGGGUAUAAGAUAGGAAAGCAAGAACAUUUUUUUUUUUCAAAUUUGAUUACUACAUUGGGAAGUACACUUAAGAAUUUGAGUAUAUAUACACAAUAAUAUAAUGUUAUUAUGGUAACUAAAUUGAAUAUCGUAAGAAAAUUAUAAAAUUUAAACCAAAUAAAUAUAAACGAACUUUAAAAUAAAUAAAAACGGAAAUUAACAGAGUACCUCGUGAUUCCUCGCUGUAUAUUCCAAUAAUUUCACGUGCCUAAGAUCCAAGCUAAGCUGACCACGCAAUAGUACAAUAUUACUGAUUAAUAAAUCACAAAUAUCAACUUGGAACUUUGUAAUAAUAUACAUUAUUUAUGUACCAAUUUUUAAUCCUCGGAUUAAUGAUAUGAUAAAACAAAAAAAGAAAACAUAUUUGGAAGGUGACUUUAAUACUAAGACUACAAGUUGUAAGAUGUGUUUGUUUAUUUGACCUGUCAUGGUACGUUUUAUAAUUGUUUGCUACUAAAGUAUUUGUGUCAACUGAAACCCAAACAAUAAUGGCCAUUGCCAUGCGGGGCUGGCCCUGAGAUUUUGGAAGCCGUAAGCUAUAUAGUAAAAAAAUAAUAACUUUUUUUACUAAUUUGAAAAUCUAUAUCUAUGUAAUUUUUUAAUAAAAAUUGGAAGAUACAUGAAAAUAUUUCAUUCAUCAGCUUUACCUAAGAUCGAGUUCAGGGGCGGACCCAUAUACAAAUGGGGUAUGGCAAGUGCCACAUACUAAUAAUAUCAAUCCCUUGUGCAAAUUUAUAAACAUAUACAAAUGAUUAGCUCUUUGGCUUAAAAUGCUUAAUUGUGCCACACCUAAUUCAAGUUCGAUUGCUUGAACAAAAACUGUGACUCGUGCUUGAACAAACCCUAUGUAUUUGUUCAUUCAACUAUUUUUAUUUACAUGAUUGAUCAUCCUUUUUCUAAAUAUUUUUUUCUUAACAGCAAACGGCUCUUCUAUUACUCAAACUUGAGGUGGUAUGAGAAGCCAGACCGGAAUAGAACAACCAAUAAAACAUAAUGAUCUAUGGAAAGAACGUGCAUUUCUAAAUAUUUUUAAUAUGCUACUUACAACUAUAUUUAUAUAACUGCUUUCUUUUCAUUCUUUUUAAUAUUAGUUCUUGACAAAAUAAAAUUAUAGUUAUUUAUAUUUUACUCUAACAAUUUUUUUAUUAGAUUUAUUUUUCAAUAUUUAGAUUAAAAUAAAAAACUAAAAUGAACAGUUGUUUUUUACAAUGCCAUUAUCAUGUGCAGUAUGUAAUUUUAUAAUAUUACUUAAAAUUAAAAUUUAAAAAACAUUUCUUUCAUUAAACAUUUUUUUCAUUUGACCUAUUUUAUAAUAAAAUAAGAUGUAAAUUUUAAUAACUACAAAAUAUAUUCUAGUUUAAUUUACUAAUUUUUAUUUGAUAUAUAAAUAAUUAUAUAUUUAGUGCUUCAUAUUAAAAAAAUUUCUGGAUCCGUUCCUGAUCAAGUACUCUGUUUACAUGCGAUCUAUCUUCUGAAGUAAUCAUCCCUGCAACCAAAUUUAAAGUCUUGGUAACUGGCAUUUGGAAUCCUUUCAUUGAAACCCUGUUUCGAAUGUACAAAAAAUUACCAUAUUUUAACAUACACGUACAAUUGAUCAUAUUUAUGUAAGUAUUGUAUCUUGGUUGCUAACCUAUUAAAAGAUAAUGAUAUUGGUUGCCUAGCCAGUUUUCUUUUAAUCAAGAACAUAUGUUUAUAUAUAAUUGAUGAUUACUCAUCGUUCAAUAAGAUAAGACUAAUAUGAUAAUACAUAAGUUUUGAUUGAACAUACUUCAAGAAAACUUUACUAUAUUUAAAAUUUUAAAUGCCACACAAAUAUUCAGAGUUUGGCAUAUAAUUCAUUGUGUCAUUCGUAUUUUCAUAGUGGUAUGUUAAUAUUUGUUAAUUAGUAAUUACCGUGGUGGCAAAAAUACUACUUAUAUUUAGAUUUAAGUAAGGUUUGGACGUUCUAGCGCGCAACCAGAUUCGGUUCGAAUUUAAUAAGAUUUUGGUUUUUCAGGGGCAGGAAAUUUGACCUCUUUGAUUUUUUUUAAAGUUUGGUUUGAAUUCGAUUCAAUUUUUUUUGGGUUUGGUUCAUAUAUAUUAACACAUCGAAAACUCAAUUGAACCCGUUUUAAUCAUGGGUUCCGUUCAACAUUAGGUUUCGGUUAUCCCAAUACUUGUUUAUGAAUCGAAAGUACACACUUUAGUUCACAAAUUUUGCAAAUUUAAAUAAUUUACACUAAUUCAGGAAUGAUCGUUAAAAGGAAAAAUAUAUAAACAAAUUAAAUUAGAUGAAACAAAUUUAUAAAUGUAGAAAAAAUAUUUAAAAUUUAAAUUAAAGCAACAAUGUUUAAACUAAGUAAACAUAUUAAUAGUAUAACUUCAAAUGCAAUUGUCAAAACAUAAAUAUAUAUUUUGAUAUUUGACCAAUACCGAAAAUAUAUGUUAAACUAAGCAUUUGAGUGUGUUUAAAAAAAACUAAGCAUUUGAGUUAAUUAUUCAUAUAAUAUAUGCUUAUUUAGGUACUCAUAAGAAUCUUAAAGUAUGUUGAGUACUUAUUUGAGAUUUAGUUCGGGUUUGGUAAGAAUUCUUUUGGGAUUUCAAAUUUUGGAAAAUAUCCAUUCGAGUUCGGUUUGUUUAAAACUCAUGAUCCAAAAUAGCAUAAAACAAAUCUAUUGAGUACUUAUAUCGAAUUCGGUUUGGUUUGGAUUCGUAUUUAUAGGAUUAAAUUUGGUUUGGAUUUUCUUAUUCGGUUUAUUUGCCCACCCUUAAACUUAGUCCAUUAUAAUACUUUCUUUUACUUAUUUUUUUAUUUAUACUGUCUUUUAAUUAAUUAGUAAAUACGAUUGUCAGUGUUAUGUAAAGCUUUUGGAGAAAAUAUUACAUCGAAACCGAAGCUUUUGUAGCCGAAAAACAAAAUUAGAUGUUGAGAAGAAUUUGAUCACCUACACCCAGAAAAUACUUGUGUUUGUUUGUAGUACUCUUAAAUUAAUUUAUAGACCAUUUCUAUUGAUUACUUUAUCCUUGAAAUAUAGUUUAAUUAUCAUAUCUACAUGAAUUAAAAUAAAAGAAUGUUUGAUUGAUUAUUCCAAAUUUCUAAUUACCAACUGAUUGAUGUACGUGAUAUGAUAUAAAAAUACGAGUGAAAGAGAAACCGAAAAACAAACUAACUAAUCAAGGAACACUCAAAAUAGAAAAAAAAUGAACAAGGCUUAGGUUCACCCAAUUACCUCUCCUUUUAUUACCAAUCAAAAUGCCACUAAAAUUAAUAAUAAAAUUGAUUGAUUUUAUUUUAAAAAAUCUGAAAUAAUUGAAAAAAAUAAUGACGUCAAUUUUAAUGAUGCUAACGCCACUAACUAAACUCUAAACUUUAAAUCUAUACCGUAAACCCUAAAUCCAAAUCCUAAACCCAAACCGUAAAUCGUAAACCCAAACCCUAUAUCGUAAAUCAAAAUCCUAAACCCUAAACUAAAACCCUAUAUCCUAAACCCAAAUCAUAUACUCUAAACUCAAACCAUAUAUCCAAACCUAAUCCCUACACCCUAAAUUCAAAUCGUAAACCCUGAAUCUAAAUCCAAUAUCCUAAAAGUUUGAGUUAAUGUUGAUGUUGUUUCUUUAGAGUUUAAGAUUUGGGUUUAGAGUCUAGGUUUGGGUUUAGGAUCUAGGGUUUGAGUUUAAGGUCUAGGUUUGGGUUUAGAGUUUACGGUCUGGAUUUAGGGUUAAGGAUUUGGAUUUAAGAUAUAGGGUUUAGGUUUAGGGUUUAGAGUUAGGUUUAGAAUUUAGGGUUUAGGGUUUAGAUUUAAGGUUUAGGGUUUAUAAUUUAAAAUUUAGUCAGUAGCGUUAGCGUCAUUAUUAUUUUUUAAUUAUUUUAGAUUUUUUUUUAAACUAAUAAUAUAUUUUAUUAUUAAUCUAUGUGGUAUUUUGAUUGACAAUAAGAGGAGAAGUGAAUUUAAAUGUUCACUUUAGGGGUGAACCUAAGUUUUGUUCAAAAAAAAUACCGAUAUUAUAAUUAUUUAGCUUCGUUUCAAAUAAGACAAAACAAAAUUGAUUAUAUUUGCAUUUUUUUUUGUAACUUUUAUAUUUGCAUGUUUGUCUGUCCAUGCAUGCAUACAUUAGCUUAUGUAAUAUUUCUUGUCAAGUUAACUGAUUAAUCUUUAAUUAACCCCCACCAGAGAAAUGAUCAGCAGGUAAUUGAUUAAUCUCUAUAUAUUUCGUGGGGUGUUACAUGUUAUCAGUUAUUAUUCAAGACUCACUCGUGAAUUUAGAGUCCUUGAGUUUGACUAUAUAUAAUCAUUAAUUAUACUCGUAAUUAUGAUCUAUUUGAAUUUUUUUUGAAACCAUUUCAAAUUUAUUUAUUAGUUUAGUUUUUCUCUGAAGAUGGAUUUGUAGCAAACUUGGUGGUUUUAUUGAUGUUACUUUCGAGAGAAAUUGGUGUGGAUAUAGCUAAAAGCACAUAUAAUUUGUCAUAUAUCAUUGUAUCUUUUUAAUAUUUUUAUGGUUAUAAUACCCUUAUUUUUAUCUCUCUCUCUUCUCCCUUCUAUGUGUUCUAAUCUCUUUAUUUCUCGUACAUAUUCUUUAAAUUAUCUUCUAAUUCAACAUAAAUCUUUAUUUUUUUAUUCUGAUUCUUUUGACAUCCAUAAUGUUAAUCUUAUUAUCUCACCCCAAUUUCAGUGUACCAAAUUCGACUCACAAUCAACUUUUAGAUAAUAUAUACAUUAGUAUGUAUUUUAUUACUUACCUGCUGUUAUUUAGAUUUUAAUGGAUUCUUAAUGGAUACAUGGAGUGUUAACUGUUACAAAUAUAUUUGGGGUUAUUUGAUAGAUAACUAAUUAAUUGUUAAUAGUUUCAUUAACUGAUAUAUGAUUUGUUAAUCGAUACAUUUGUUUGAUAUAUAGAUUGUUAGAUGAUACUGAAAUUAUUAGCUGAUAUGUUAGUUGGUAUGUAGAUUGUUACCUGCUAUGUAAAUAUUUAGCUGAUAAAUCUAGAGUUACUUGUGUUCGAUAAAGCAUGAAGACAUUUUUGUCCGCACAAUAUCAAAAAAUUACUUUCUUUUUGAUUAUCCAUAAUUAUGGGCAUUUAGCUAAUUUGAACUUUAAUUGGGUAUAUUCAACACGUUGUCACUACUUUCAAUCAGACACCUAGCCAUAAUUAUUAAAAACAAUACCGAUAUUUUUUUUAUCAUCAUUGAUUCCAGAAAUUAAGCAAAUAUGCCAAUAAAUGUGUGGCAAUAUAUGAACAAGUUAAUAAUUUAAUUUUUUUCAAAUUUAACAAUCGUAUCCUCCUAUACUCGUGACCAAAAAAAGGUAUUCGCCAACUACAAUCAAGCAUCAUUAGUUCAUCACCUUCUAAUGUUAUUUAUUUUUCAAAUAUUAUUUAUUUUCUUAUUCUGAAUGGUGACGGCACGUUAGUGAUAUAGGGAAACAUGAGAAUUUGAAUAGGAAAAGAAAUCAUCUUUAAUUUAACUGAAUAUUAAUAUUAUUAUUUAGUCAGAUAAAGUGGCAACAUUUUCCCUAAUAAUUUUUUUUUUUAAAUGCUGGUAGAUAAGUGGUAAUUUGGGAUACGAAAUAAAUACUUUGUACUGAACUCGAUUUUUCCUAUGAAUAAAGUUGCAGAUGACAGAUGAUUUAUCCAGUAACAGAUUAUUUAUCUUUGAAAUUAGUCUGAAGACAUUCUAAAUCAGAUUAGAUAGUUGAAUUCAAUUCACUCUAUAACAUUAGAUGUGAUUCUUCCAAAACCUCACUUGAUAACCGAUACGAUAAAAAAUGAACCUAGCAAGACAAAAAAAAAUCAAUCGCUAAACAAAUUGUGUUGCUAGUUGCCAAUAAAAUAACAGUUUUUCAUUAUAAAAUUUGUCGAUUAAAAUCAUGUCGGAACAGAAACUAUAUAUUUAGCUACGAUAUUUAAUAUUUUUUGCUAAAGGAAUAUUUACUUAUUAUAUAGUUCUAUUAGCAGUGGCAUUUGUUUUGGCCGUAAAACCACCACUACUUCCAUCGCAAAAUUUAGCUACAACUACAAAGAUAUGUUUUGCUAAAAAUCUGUUUUUAUGAAACACAUUGCCUAUCAUGAAAAGACUAAAUAAUAGUAUAAUUAUGUAAAUCCCUUUAUGUUUUUUUUUUUUUGACAAAGGGCUUCCCUUUAUGUUUCUUUACCGUUAAAAUAAACACAAACGCCGAGUUUUAACUAACACUUGAUUUUUAGGAAACAUGCGAUAAGAAACAUAUACGUAUUUUCUCAUAUUAAAUUAUUCUAUGGAGUCAAAAUGGUUGAAAAUCUUCUUCUUUUUUUGCCAACUUGAUAAUCUUCUAUUUAAACACAAGUUGAAACCGUGUAUUCUAUGAGUUGCAAUCCCUUUCACUUCUAUAUUAUUCCUUUUUCUCUCUUUCUCCUGCCCUGAUAAUAUAAAUAGUAUACACCAAAAAGCUUACACAGUUCCUCUCACAUAUCUACAUUGAUCAAGAUCAAUAAACCCUAAGAUUUAUCAAUCUCUACCAUAUUACAUACAUAAUUAUGUCUAGCCGAAGGUCACGGUCAUCAAGACAAACGGGAACUUCCAUGAUUAGUGAAGACCAAAUCAAUGAUCUUGUCCUCCAGCUUCAUCGUCUUCUCCCCGAACUUGGUAACAACAACAGACGCUCUGGAAAGGUUUCAGCAUCGAAGGUAUUACAAGAGACAUGUACUUACAUAAGAAACUUGAACAAAGAAGUGGAUGAUCUUAGUGAAAGAUUAUCUCAACUUUUGGAAUCAACUGAUUCAGCUCAAGCUGCACUCAUCCGAAGUUUGCUUAUGUAGUGCAAUGAAUCACAGAAUUCUUUUUUUUUCUAUAAAUUGUCUUCUCAGUUUUAAUUUAAUCACCGUGUUAUUGUAUUUUAAAGUGAUGAUCAUUCUGGCCUUUGAGUUCUCUCGUCUAUAAUGUUUUUUUCUUUCUAUUUAGGGUUUUCUUUGUCAGUUAUUGAACGAACUACCAAGCAACUGGUUGGAUUUAUGUUCACAUUAUUUAAGGCAAACAAGUUUCUCAGAAUUGUCCUCUCGUCAGACAUCAAGAAUAUUGUAUAUAACAAGAGAAUAUAGAUAUAUAGGCAUAUAAAGAAAAAAAGGACGCCAAAAAAGUUUGAAACAAAAAAA